CUUCUCAGCUGGUGAUGCAUGAUCACCACCCGGAGACCUGCCCUCAGCAAAGAAGGACAGAAGCAGACCUGUAGCUCUUUGUCUAUGUUUGGAAGUGGCUCAGCCCCUGCUUGGCAUGCAGGAGGUCCCAGGACAGGAUCCAUCCCUGGCCGCUUCUCCAGUUUGUAAAGGGUCAGGCGGCAGCAGGCCUGGGAGAAAAGGCUCUAUCUGUGUGAGACUUUGUGGGGUCACUGCCAGUCAGAGCAGAACUGCAGGGCCAGAGGAAGCUCCCUGCAUGUUUGUUUUAGAAGUUUGUUUUAGAUUCUCCUUCCUGAGAAUCUGCAGUUGCCUACAGUUCAUAGAGUGGUGACAAAUUGGCCCCCUGAGGUUGUGCCUGGAUGAGUUCUAUAAAUGCUCCUUUUGCAUGCUCAGCUGAACUAGCUGUUUGCAUUGCAAGGAGAUCCUCAUGAUCCCUCCAUGACAAAAGUCAAAGGCAGAGUUGAGUGGGGGCUUGAUUCUUGGAACUAAAGGGGGACCAAGUAACCUUGCACUGAGGGUUUCUGGAAGACGUUUGCAUUGCCUGAGAUCCUGCCCUCUGGCUCAUGGAGGCUGUACUGGAGCGAAAGACACCAGAGCAGUCAGACGCGCAGAUUGCUCAGAAGGAGUGCCAUGACCCGCCUGGAAACAUCCCCCCCUUGUGAUGUAGCCAGAGCUCUUACCAAGCUGCUGUCCAAGGAAGAAAGAAGUGGUUGGCAGGUGAAAUGAACUCUCUGGGACAGAGGAGUAUCCGCUGCAGUGCGUCGUCAUGUCAGUCAUGAAUGGGACUCACAACACCACCCCCUCGUUCAUCCUGGUGGGCCUGCCUGGCCUCGAGGUGGCCCACUUCUGGCUGGCCUUCCCCCUGUGUGCCAUGUACCUCGUGGCUGUGGUGGGCAACUGCGCUGUGGUGCUGGUUGUGAAGGCUGAGCCCGCCCUCCAUUUGCCCAUGUACUUCUUCCUCUGCAUGCUGGCGGCCCUGGACCUGGCGCUCUCCACCUGCACCAUGCCCCAGCUCCUUUCCCUCUUCUGGUUUGAUGCCAAGGAGAUCAGCUACAGGGCCUGCCUCUUCCAAAUGUUCUUCAUCCACACCCUUUCUGGCAUUGAGUCCACCAUCCUCCUGGCCAUGGCGGUGGAUCGAUACGUGGCCAUAUGCCGCCCCCUGCAGCACUCGGCCAUCUUCACCAACUCGGUGACAGCAAAGAUUGGCGUAGCGGCUGUGGUGAGAGGGGUCGUCUUCUUCCUUCCUCUGCCUUUACUCACCAUCCGCCUGACUUUCUGUGGCUCCAAGGUGCUCACGCAUUCCUACUGCGUACACCAAGACGUGAUGCACCUUGCUUGUGGCCACACGAUGCCCAACGUUGUCUAUGGGUUGACCGCCAUCCUCCUGGUGAUGGGCCUGGACUCCCUGCUCAUCUUUGUGUCCUACGUGAUGAUCAUCAGGACAGUCCUGCAGUUGGCAUCAAGGCAAGAGCGCCUCAAGGCCUCUGGGACCUGUGUGGCUCACGUGUGUGUGGUCCUGGCCUUCUACAUGCCCCUGAUUGGGCUCUCCGUAGUGCACAGGUUUGGGCAAGGCCUGCCUCGCCUGGUGCACAUCACGAUGGGCAACGUUUACCUCCUCGUGCCCCCCGUGCUGAACCCCAUUGUCUACGGGGCCAGGACCAAAGAGAUACGGCAAAGGGCCCUGAAUAUACUGAGGACAAUUAAGGAUUGAGAUUCUCAUUGACUUAGAGUUUAAAACAAUGGCUGACUUCCUGAGUAAUGGUGCAGAGGGAUGUUGAACUGGUAAGUGCCACUUUGUCAAGUGCUGGCAUUCCAAAACAGUCCUGUUCUUGUGCAAUGGUAUUGUACUAGCUUAGGGACACGCACACGGGCCACACACAGAGAAAGGCAGUCUUGCUCUAGCAGAAGAUGUUGACAAGUGACAGGACACACUCACUGCACUUCACUGAGCAACAACUGUUCACCCACACCUUGUGCCAUGACUGCCACACAAUAGCCGUUGCACAACCUUGCAGUGCAGCCUGGUAAAUGUGCUGGAGAAGGUCUUCCACUAGCAGUUGCCCAACACCAUGGAGCACCAAACCUGGUGCAGCUCCACAAACUCCAUGCACAAGGAUGCCAGCCAAUGACAACAAGGCCAAUGACUGUCUGGCGGGUAUGGUGAGGGGUUCUGUCUACCUCCUUGCUAUGAGCCAGACUGGUUCCUUCAAAACCAUCUCAGGCUCCAUAGUCCUCUCCAACCAGACUCUGUACCUUCCCUUGUAGACCCCACUAGACAGCCCUUAGCAGUUGCUGAUUCCCCCAAUCCUGGCAACCUGGAUCCUGUGUACUUGCCACCAUGCCUUGCAGAGACUGAAGCCCCGCCCCUUCCACCUCCAGCCCUGGCUUGCCAUUGGCUGUAGCCUCUCGCUGACUUUGCUGCCAUUGCACCCCAGUGCUGUCAUUACAAACACCCACUUCCAUGGUGCUGGGAGUAAAUCCCCCCCCCAUGCCCACAGACCCCAAGGCUCCUGCCUGUCCCCUUUUGGCUGCAGGAGGCUGCCCCUUCUUGAGAAGGGAUCUCCAGCAGGCCCACUGGGUGGCUACAGGCAACAGACCUUGUUGCUUCAUUCCCGGCAUGGCCUGCUUCAAACACCGUUGCAAGGAUGUUGUGAAGAGGGCCAAGAAAAGGACUGUACAGCACUCCGUACAUGAUCAAUGCUAGAGAAGUCAUUAGGGAAAACAGCAAGUCCAUCUGUAACCCUUGAGCUCCAGUCUUGUAACGGUUAGUGCAGAGCUUCAGCCAGUCAGACCACAGGGAGGCCCCAGUUCAAACCCCCACUCAGCCAUAAAGCUCACUGGGGAGGGGGACCCCUAAU